AUGGCCGAUAUCCUCUCUAGCCCUCCAAAGCAAGAGGGUGUGCCACUACGGGACUGGAGAGCUGUCAAGGUGGGCGAACUGCUCAGCAAUAAGGAGCUCUUGUUCGUGGAUCUUGACACCCCGGUCGAGUCAGCAUGCCAGACUCUUAUCCACAACGAACUUUCGUCGCUUCCAAUUAGGUCGUCCCCUAAUGCGGAGUCCGUAUGUGGGACCUUCGACUAUAGCGACUUGACGGCAUUUCUCCUCUUAAUAAUGGGGUUAUAUCAGCCCGAUGAAGAUGAGGACAUGUCGUCUUUCGAAGAGUUGGCGAGGAAAGCUCGAGCAGGGGCCACUAUUCCCGUAAAACUUGUUAAGGAUCUCGGGAAAAAGGAUCCGUUCAUUACUGUUCCAGAGACCGAGGGCCUUGCCAAAGUUGUUGAGGUGUUUGGAAGUGGGGUUCAUCGAAUCGCGGUUGUCCGUGAAGGGACAAACCAGGUUAUCGGGAUGAUUAGCCAACUGCGUCUAAUAUCCUUCUUCUGGGAACACGGCAGGAGUUUCCCUGCCAUAGAUCAGCUUUACCCUCGCUCCCUACGUGAUUUGAAUAUAGGUUCUGGAGAAGUCAUCUCGAUCAAUGGGGACAAAAAAGUUCUCGAUGCACUUGAAUUGAUGAAUUCCGAGGGCGUGUCUUCAUUGGCUGUUGUAGACAAUCAGCACAAUGUGGUCGGGAAUAUUUCGACUUGGGAUGUCAAAUAUCUCACAAGAUCAAGUUCAAUGCCUCUAUUGAAAUCCCCCUGCCUGCACUUUUUGUCAGUUAUUUUGACAGACAGAGGGUUAAGCGAUGGCAAAGACUCAUAUCCGGUAUUUCACGUGAAUGCUCAGUCAACCCUCGCACACACGGUAGCAAAGAUUGUAGCAACACAGGCGCAUAGAAUGUGGAUUGUCGAAACCCCUAGUCCGGCGUCUACUGCCCCACCAACACCCACUAUACCCCCAGCAGUUGCAGUACCACCACUAUCUGUGCUUUCCCCGCUUCCUUCUUCUUCUUCCUUCCCGAUCACAGCACCAACCACCCUUACCGCCGGGGCCCUUCCAGGGGCGCAUCUUAGUGGCAGGUUGAUGGGAGUAGUAUCUUUGACAGAUAUUCUUAAUAUAUUUGCUAGGAGCGCUGGUUUGACCCCGGUGGACCCUAACGAAGCUAGAAGGCAGAGACGCAGAAGUUCUUCUAGUUCGAUGAGAGCAAGCUUCGACCAGGGUAGCCGAAGCUCGCUUGAUUUGCGUGAGCUUCGCGAAUCAUCGAGGUCUUCAUUUGAAAUUCGCAGAUGA